GCCCGGACUCCGUAGUCGCCGCUCAGAGUCCGUCUCUCCGCGGAUUCCCGGCCCCGCCGUUCUCAGAUCUCUGUAGCCCGCGGUUCGCCGCCCCGCUCGCCGCCGCGAUGCCGGUGUUUCAUACGCGCACGAUUGAGAGCAUUCUGGAGCCGGUCGCGCAGCAGAUCUCGCACCUGGUGAUCAUGCACGAGGAAGGCGAGGUGGAUGGCAAAGCCAUCCCUGACCUCACCGCGCCUGUGGCCGCCGUGCAGGCGGCCGUCAGUAACCUCGUUCGGGUUGGAAAAGAGACUGUUCAAACCACUGAGGAUCAGAUUUUGAAGAGAGAUAUGCCACCAGCAUUUAUUAAGGUGGAGAAUGCUUGCACCAAGCUUGUCCAGGCAGCCCAGAUGCUUCAGUCAGACCCUUACUCAGUGCCUGCUCGAGAUUAUCUAAUUGAUGGAUCAAGGGGCAUCCUCUCCGGCACAUCAGACCUGCUCCUCACCUUCGACGAGGCUGAGGUUCGUAAAAUUAUUAGAGUUUGCAAAGGAAUUUUGGAAUAUCUUACAGUGGCAGAGGUGGUGGAAACUAUGGAAGAUUUGGUCACUUACACAAAGAAUCUUGGACCAGGAAUGACUAAGAUGGCCAAGAUGAUUGAUGAGAGGCAGCAGGAACUGACUCACCAGGAGCACCGAGUGAUGUUGGUGAACUCAAUGAACACCGUGAAAGAGUUGCUGCCAGUUCUCAUUUCAGCUAUGAAGAUUUUUGUAACAACUAAAAACUCAAAAAACCAAGGAAUUGAAGAAGCUUUGAAAAAUCGUAAUUUUACUGUAGAAAAGAUGAGCGCUGAAAUUAAUGAGAUCAUUCGUGUAUUACAACUCACUUCUUGGGACGAAGAUGCCUGGGCCAGCAAGGACACUGAAGCCAUGAAGAGAGCGUUGGCCUCCAUAGACUCCAAACUGAACCAGGCUAAAGGUUGGCUCCGUGACCCCAGUGCCUCCCCAGGUGAUGCUGGUGAACAGGCCAUCAGGCAGAUCUUAGAUGAAGCUGGAAAAGUUGGUGAACUCUGUGCAGGCAAAGAACGCAGGGAGAUCCUGGGAACCUGCAAAAUGCUAGGGCAGAUGACUGAUCAAGUGGCUGACCUCCGAGCCAGAGGACAAGGAGCCUCACCGGUGGCCAUGCAGAAAGCCCAGCAGGUGUCUCAGGGUCUGGAUGUGCUCACAGCAAAAGUGGAAAAUGCAGCCCGCAAGCUGGAAGCCAUGACCAACUCAAAGCAGAGCAUUGUGAAGAAGAUUGAUGCUGCUCAGAAUUGGCUUGCAGAUCCAAAUGGUGGACCAGAAGGAGAAGAACAGAUUCGAGGGGCUUUGGCUGAAGCUCGGAAAAUAGCAGAAUUGUGUGAUGAUCCUAAAGAGAGAGAUGACAUUCUACGUUCUCUUGGAGAAAUAUCUGCUCUGACUUCUAAACUAGCAGAUCUACGAAGACAGGGAAAAGGAGAUUCCCCAGAGGCCCGAGCAUUGGCCAAACAGGUGGCCACGGCCCUACAGAACUUGCAGACCAAAACCAACAAGGCAGUGGCCAACAGCAGACCUGCCAAAGCAGCUGUCCACCUUGAGGGCAAGAUUGAGCAGGCACAGCGGUGGAUUGAUAAUCCCACAGUGGAUGACCGGGGAGUUGGUCAGGCUGCCAUCCGAGGGCUUGUGGCCGAAGGUCAUCGUCUGGCAAAUGUCAUGAUGGGGCCUUAUCGCCAAGAUCUUCUUGCAAAGUGUGACCGAGUGGACCAGCUGACGGCCCAGCUGGCUGACCUGGCUGCCAGAGGGGAAGGGGAGAGUCCUCAGGCGAGAGCCCUUGCAUCUCAGCUCCAAGACUCUUUAAAGGAUCUGAAAGCCCGGAUGCAGGAGGCCAUGACUCAGGAGGUGUCAGAUGUUUUCAGUGAUACUACAACUCCCAUCAAGCUGUUGGCAGUGGCAGCCACUGCCCCUCCUGAUGCACCCAAUAGGGAAGAGGUAUUUGAUGAGAGGGCAGCUAACUUUGAAAACCAUUCAGGAAGGCUUGGAGCCACGGCAGAGAAGGCGGCUGCUGUUGGAACUGCUAAUAAAUCAACGGUGGAAGGCAUUCAGGCCUCAGUGAAGACAGCCCGAGAACUCACACCCCAGGUCGUCUCAGCGGCUCGCAUCUUACUUAGGAAUCCCGGAAAUCAAGCUGCUUAUGAACAUUUUGAGACCAUGAAGAACCAGUGGAUCGAUAAUGUUGAAAAAAUGACAGGGCUGGUGGACGAAGCCAUUGACACCAAAUCUCUGUUGGAUGCUUCCGAAGAAGCAAUUAAAAAAGACCUGGACAAGUGUAAAGUCGCCAUGGCCAAUAUUCAGCCUCAGAUGCUGGUCGCUGGGGCAACCAGCAUUGCUCGUCGGGCCAACCGGAUCCUGCUGGUUGCUAAGAGGGAGGUGGAGAACUCUGAGGAUCCCAAGUUCCGAGAGGCCGUGAAAGCCGCCUCUGACGAAUUGAGCAAAACCAUCUCCCCAAUGGUGGUGGAUGCAAAGGCUGUGGCAGGAAACAUUUCUGACCCUGGCCUGCAAAAGAGCUUCCUGGACUCGGGAUACCGGAUCCUGGGAGCAGUGGCCAAGGUCAGAGAAGCCUUCCAACCUCAGGAGCCUGACUUCCCGCCUCCUCCGCCAGACCUUGAACAGCUCCGACUGACAGAUGAGCUUGCUCCUCCCAAACCACCUCUGCCUGAGGGUGAGGUCCCUCCUCCCAGGCCCCCACCACCAGAGGAGAAGGAUGAAGAGUUCCCUGAGCAGAAAGCUGGGGAGGUGAUUAACCAGCCAAUGAUGAUGGCUGCCAGGCAGCUCCAUGAUGAAGCUCGCAAAUGGUCCAGUAAGCCGGGUAACCCAGCCGCUAAGGUGGGUAUAAGUGCUGUAGCUGAGGCAGAUGCGGCUGACGCUGUUGGGUCCCCUCUCCCCCCUGAAAUGGAAGACGAUUACGAACCUGAGCUGCUGUUAAUGCCAUCCAGUCAGCCGGUCAACCAGCCCAUUCUGGCAGCGGCUCAGUCAUUGCAUCGGGAAGCUACCAAGUGGUCUAGUAAGGGCAAUGACAUCAUUGCAGCAGCCAAGCGCAUGGCUCUGCUGAUGGCUGAGAUGUCUCGGCUGGUCAGAGGGGGCAGCGGUACCAAGCGGGCACUGAUUCAGUGUGCCAAGGACAUAGCCAAGGCCUCAGAUGAGGUGACUCGGUUGGCCAAGGAGGUUGCCAAGCAGUGCACAGAUAAGCGGAUUAGAACCAACCUCUUACAGGUAUGCGAGCGAAUCCCAACCAUAAGCACCCAGCUCAAAAUCCUGUCCACGGUGAAGGCCACCAUGCUGGGCCGGACCAACAUAAGCGACGAGGAGUCUGAGCAGGCCACAGAGAUGCUGGUUCACAAUGCCCAGAACCUCAUGCAGUCUGUGAAGGAGACUGUUCGAGAAGCAGAAGCAGCUUCAAUCAAAAUUCGAACAGAUGCUGGAUUUACACUGCGCUGGGUUAGAAAGACUCCCUGGUACCAGUAGACACCUGGUUGAACCUGGCUAACACAGAAGCCCCUGCUGAACAGAAUGAAAAUGAUCGGAGUCCCAGGAGCCACCCAAGAUUACUGGGGGGUUGAAAGCCACAUCUUGGCCUGACAUAACAGAAAGGAAUGGGGCCUCUUCACAUUAGAAAACAUUUAUACUCUUGUCAUGGACACUUUGAAAUGUGUCUCCUUAUAAAGCCUGUAUUCUCGACCACGGCUUUACUUGUGCACACUCUGUCCCAAUAGGCAGACGGGGUUUCUAGCCCAUGGACUUCACAUAAACUCAGAAUCCAAGAGUGAACACUAGCCAGACAUCCUGUUCUGCGCUUGUUCCCUAAAGGACAGUUCCCUUUCUGCCCCCGUCUCCCCAUUCUUUCCGCCAGGCUCCCAAGACCCAGGGCCCAGGCAAAUCAGUUAAGGAAAUCACUGUGCCUCCGAAAUUUUUUGGGCUUUCCAUGUUGCUGCUGACCCUGCCUGCCUUCCCUGGCUGUGCUACCUUGGUCCUUUUCAGGAGUGACCUUCGCUGUUGCAGGGGAAGGUGGCCUCUGGGGAGCCCCAGCAUGUGGGGCCUGGAUUCACUUCCUGCCCUUCCCCAAUUUAAUCCUUCUAGUUUCCCACAGUACAAAACCAAAUUUCACUUUGUCAGGAGGAAAUCACCAAAUCAUGUGAUUCUGUCUUUACCUCUUUCCAGAGCAAUGUCUGUGCUAGGGAAACCUUCCGUCCCAUAUCCUGCCUCGGCCUGCCAAGGUAGCCAUCCCAAGAACACACUGUGUGUCCUGGUGCUCUCUGCCACUGGAGAGGCAGAGUGGCCGGGGCGUGGCCCUGCCCAUCCUCCCAGCAGGGCCACUCCCAGGCACUCCACGCUUUGUCACUGCCUGCAGAGAUCUAUGCUGAGGCCUUAUCAUUCAUUCUUAGCUCUUAUUGUUCUUUCUGAGCUGAAAUGCUGCAUUUAAUUUUUAACCAAAUGAUGUCUCCUGUCCUGGCUUUUGUACUCUUCCCACACCCUUCCUAAACAAGGUUUUAAAGAUAUAUGUUUGUUCUACAAUUUUGAAAGAUCGUUUUUAUCCUUUUGAAAUUCAGUCCUAAGAAUUGGUGCUUGUCCCCAGGAGUGUCUAAUGGAAAGGCAGUCCUGUCUGAAGGACACUGCCUACCUAAGGGAGGUGGUACUUGCAGACUGGAAUUCUGGCACUGCUGGGGAUGAAUCGAUGGGAAACAGUCCUCAGUGAUUCCUACCUCCCUCAGCCAACAACAACCAAGCCCCUUGCAUCCUACCCUCCCUCCCUAAGUACAGUUGUUCAAAAGAGUAAUGGGUAUAAUAUUUAAUUAUCACCAUAGUAAGUUUCCUAUUAGCAAAGUGAGAAAGGCAAUUUUUUCCUUUCUUGUACUUACCACUGCUGUCUAAGCAUUCCCCAGCACAUGAAACUAUACUUCUUCCCAAAGCCAGAACUGGAUGAGUAAAGGAGUAAGAACCCUUGCCUGAAUGUCCUCCCCACCUCCAGUGUGUGUUAGACCCUAACAUCCAAUGUGUAAAACUUGUCUUAAGUUGGUACUGUACACUCAGGCUUCCUCUGUUUUCUUUUAACUGAUGAUUAUUUUCAAGGCCCUCAGCAUCCUUGUAUAGUUGCUUACCUGAUAUAAAUGCAAUAUUAAUGCCUUUAAAGCAUGAAUCUAUGCCAAAGAUCACCUUUUGUUUUACUAAAGACUACUUAGAGGAAGUAAGAAAAAUCAUGUUUGCUCUCCAAGUUCUUCCAGUGUUUUGAGACACUGGUUUACACUUUAUGCCAAUGUGCUUUUCUCUAAUAUCAGUGCUCAAGACACAGUGAAGCAAAUUAAAAAAAAAAAAAAAAUCCCUGAAUGCUGAUUAGACAUCACUAAAAAAUUACAUUUAUAAGCUAGGAUUUGUUAUAUGCAAAUAUUUUCUGCCUCUUCUGUUUAAAACAAUAAAGUACAUUUAUAUAAAUAAUGAUUUAAAUGAUGGGUAAGUUAUUUCAGCAAGAGCUUUUAGAUCAGGUUUCUCCUUUGUUUUGAAGAAUAGCCAGUGAAGCUAAUCCUCAAAAUGUGGAAACUAAAGGUUUAUUUAAUCCAAAUAUUGUACUGGAAGAAGAAGAAACCAGUGGUAAUAUAUUUACUUAACAAGACCUUUGUAAUAAAGGACAACAUUGGGGAUUAUAAACUAGAAGGAGCAGAAGUGACAAAAGGUUAACAGAGGAAAGCAGCCAGAUGAUACAGAUCAUCCCCUGGUUGAAGCAGUCCACCUUAGAAGAUUCUGGCUGUAUGUGGAAGCCAUCACUAUCCCCUAAGCUAAAGCUAUUACAUGUGCAGGAAUAUUGCAGGUUGAUAUUUAAUAUUCUAAAGCCCAAUACAGAACAACAGGGUUGUCAGGGAUCCACCAGAGUUAUGAGGCAGAGCUAGCUUUCGGGCACAUAUUCCUCUUCUUGCUUGAGGAAGCUCUAAGAGGAGGAACAGGUUCUUGAAGUAGAGCUGGGACAUCAGUAUUUUUGCCUUAUUUUCUAUAUAUGAAAGUGGUAAAUAUCACUAAAGGGGGAUAGUACCGCUGACUACAUUUAUCACUGCUUUAACAUAGAAAAGUUGCUGACUAGGGAGGCAGAUUCCAGCUGUCUGAGUUAAAGGGAACUGUCCAGAGGUACUGAAUUAGCUCAGUAAUAUCUGAAAACAGUAUUCACGGUCUCAUUUUUUCUAUUUACCAUAUGCUCACUGGUGCUGCCUUCCUGCUGCAUUAUAGUUUUUCUCAAGUCAGAUGACUCUAAGGACACCAGGACCAGUAUUUUCCAAGGUUCUUCUAUAGCAGCACUUAAGGAAUGAACCCAUCACAUGAACUCCCUUUGAAUAAAAUGAUGGUGACUCCUUUAUGCAGAAAAUGAGCUUUUGGGUUAUACUCCUUUAAGAAUUUAGAAAAUGAGGCUAUCCUGGAAUUAUCUGGAAUUCUAUGCUUGAAAAUAUUUCACUACUACUAAGAAUUCAUGGAUCUUUGUUAUUAGAACGUGGUGGUAUGGAGAGUAGCUUUGAUCACUUAUUAUUCAGUCUGUGGCUAAAAGGGUGAUGGUUAGAGAAAAUAUAUAAGGCUGAGGUCAAGAGAGGAGCACUUGGAAGUGCUCUGCAACAACCCUCACACCUUGUGUGAUGAGGCAGAGUAAAAUGUGACCGUGUUCAGCCUGCCCUAACACUGGCAUGCCCAGCUGAGAAUGCUGAAUUAACAGUCAAGCUAAAAACUCAACUUGUUGCUUUCAUCUUUUUAUUGACAGUGUAGCCAGAGCUAGAGAAAGGACUUACUGGAUUCAAUCAAAUUAAUAAAUACAAUAAUUUAAUUGUAAAAGGAAACAGUCUACUUGGAAGUUUUAGCAGAAAUUGCUAGAAGAAGGGACUCUUGGAAUACAAUCUGCUUGUAUAUGAGAAGAUAGCACAGAAAGAAAAUUAGUCCAUAUAUGGAUGAUUGAGAUUAGGGAUUCUGCAGAAAGAAAAGCAAAUGUAUUGAUGGCUCUUUUGAGGUAUGAACUUUGAAGAGGAAGACAUUAAAAUGAAAAGCAUUUGAACUGGGUAACCAAUCUUAGGCAAAGGGAAUAAAUAUUUGGCAACAUCUUAAUUUUAGCUGCCAAGCUGAUAUUGGUUACCCUAGAAAUUACUAAGUUGCAAAAAGUAACCUUUCCUAUUAGAUGAAAGGCAGGCUGGGUGCCCUAGGCAGGCAAAGGUAAGAAUGCUGCUGUACAGUGGGCUCCCUGUACCAGCACCAACCACUAGCCCUGACAGCAGAAUGGGAUGAGUGUAAGGGCUACGAUUAGCAUGAUAAGGGUAAGGGAUAAGUUGACAAUGAAAAGAAUGGAGUCACAAAGAAAACUAAUAGCAAGAGCAAGAACUUACACCUUAACUUUCUCCAUUCUUCAUGUCUAAUGAAGCAAAAUAACUGGGCAAGGACUUCUAAGUCAAUCAAGUUAAAUGAUAACAACUGUGGACUGACUUGCCAACCAUGAAGAUCAAUACAGGUUUAUCAAUGUUACUGAGGAUUUUGUUUCUGCCUCAUUAUAAUGUACUUUGUCAGUACAGUAGAGAUAUUUAAGUACUCCAGUGACAGUUACAACAAUAGUUUCAGGAAGGAAUCUAUUGACUAUAGCCUUGGGAAGCACACAAUAUGAAAAGGGAGUUCCCCUGAAGACAAGGAGUGUAGACAAGUUGAAACCCUUAAGAACAACAACAGAGAUAAAAGAUUUAAGAAAAAAAAAAAAAAAGAUUGACAACAGUGAGGCAGGCACAUUUUCUUCCUUUAGCUGAACUAGGGCAUGAGGCCUUUAGGCUAACUGGUUUUAAGUGGUGUUGGAUAAGCUUUAUAAAACAUGAAGAUGGCAAAGGUUCACUUAAGUUUCUCUUUUACUACAUUAAUUUGCUUAAAAUCUCAAAUGCUUGUGCUUGCAAUAACUUCCUAAAAGCAGAAGUAGUGUUCCUUUUAUUACCUUAAAGCAUUCACCCCUUUGAUACAAAUCAUUUUUACUGUGCUAACAGCUGAACCAAGUGGCACAAAACUGAGAUGGUACUUACUGCAGCAAGCAAUCCCUAUAAAUCAAAAUCUGAGCUUUACAUAAAAAUCUUAUUUAUAAAAAAUACAAUACCAAGUACAGUGAGAAUGGAGCAUGGAGCAGCAGUGCUCCCUGCUAGGGCCAUGUGGAGUGGCUUUUGCUACAGUGCUUGCUUAAUGGCAUAAGUGAAAAGCUGAAUAAGGCAAACACUUGAAGAGGCAGUUUUCUGUAAACUUCUUGGGGUGGGAGGAAUUUUUCCUCUGUUGGGACAGAAGAUUUGGGAUGGCUAAGAUCAAGUGUGACAUUUGGCUGCACUUGAUACAUGACAUUACAGACUAAGAUAGCUCCUGCUGAGACCAGCUCACUUGUUUUAGGAGAGAGGUUAUCACUGUAGACUUUUGCCUUGACUGUUAAAAUAUGCAGCCUCCAGCUGGUAUCUCCCUAUGGAGGAAAUCACCUCUAAAAUCAUCCUAGGUGACAAGAUACAAAUAAGCUAAGUCGUUCAGAAGUUUCCUUAGCUUAAAGCUACUUAAGAACCCUACAUUGAUUACUAAGCAACUCUGUUAGCGGUGUGUGGCUCGACACAAAUGCUUUAACUAGAAUAUGUAUUCCCAUCCAAUUGGUACCUAAUGGUAAUAAACUGUAAUGACACUUGGAAAACAAACAUAUCUUGAGGAAUUCUGGCCUCUUCUCAUGUCCUCACUUGGAACUUUCCAGCUUUUGUGACAUAUUUGACUCCUUUAAAUGGCUUAUAUUUCUCCCCAUACAUGUCCAAGCGGUUUACUUUUAAGCCUGUGUCAAAAAGAAUAGGUAAGGAAAGGAAUAAAUUACUAUCCUGGUCACACCAACCAAUACAAUAUUUGCUUAGCAAAUAGAGUUUACUACACAGUAAAUGUGACAUUAACCAGUGUGCUUGUCACCAUUUGGAAGCAAUGUGUCUUCUACCAUUCACAGAUUAUAGCACUAUGGAAAUAUGGUUUUAGUUCAGAUUCCCAUGUGGACAAGCAGUGUCUUUUAAGGAUAAUUCUACUUUCUGUGAGUAUGAAUGACUCCUUUCUUUGUGCUUGAAUGAGGGUAGGGGUGAAGGGAAGCUGUGUGAAAUAAGGUGCUCUCCAAAAUCACUGUACCCAUAGCACAAAGUGAAAGGCAUACUGGAGCUGUUGCUCUUUGUAGAGACGGAAUGUCAGUUACCCUUCUAAGAUCCUAGUAGCUGACCUCAGCAAAACUCAAUUACCCUUAAACACAAGUCAAAUUUCUCCUUACCUGAAAUGGCAAGCUGCUGGAUCUUGAACUGUAUGUUGAGGCUUGGAUUCUCUUCUGGCUUGGGUGCUCCAGAUUGUAAAUUUACCAGUCCUUUAAGACUGGGGAGCUUUUGUGGAGUGAUUUUUCCCACAUCCCACGUUAGUACCUUAAAAAGACAUAAAAAACAAAAACAUUCUGAACUAUUUAUUAAAGACAUAUGUUCAAAGACAAGGUGCAAAGACACCAUAAACUUCUGUACAAAAUAAAGCACAGUGUCUUGGAAACAGACCUGGGAUUUCCACUGAGUUUUAUCACUAAUUAGUUCUGUGACUCUGAAUGGACAGUGAGGGUAGAGAAUCAAUGUUUGUUAAGCAUCUACUUUUGGAUUUAGCACUGUGCUUAGCACUAUUCAUAUGCUGUCUCAUAGACACCUGUAAUGUAAAUUUUGUCUUAACAAAUGAGGAAACUAAAGCUCUGAGGUCAAAUGACUUGCUCAAGGUCACAUGGCUAGUUAGAGGCAAGGCUGGGAUUUGAACCUACAGCUCUCUGGUAUCAAAUGUUCUUUCCACUAUACCACCUUUACUGUUUAUCUCUGGGCCUAAGUUUAUUUCUCCAUAAAAUAAGAAGAUGGGCCUAAAUUGGUGUUUUUAAACUUUUAGUGAUGGAACCCUUUGUUCAAAUGAAAUCUUUAGUGAGGAAGCUCAGUAACAGAUGAGAAAUUGAAGCUAUUAUGUUUGAAGCUGGGGUGAAGGGCCAGGGAUCUGGAGCUCCCCCUUCACUUCUCAUCCCUGUGUGGUCUCUGGGGAGAUUCUUCAAAUCCUCAGUAUUGGAUUAGAUGAUCUUUAACAUUCAAUGAUUUUACUAAAAAAAAAAAAAAAAAAAAAAAAGAAAA